AUGAUCAGCUUGGGAAGUGAACGAAACAAGGCCAGCUUGGGAACUGCGACAAGUGCGAUAAAUCCGAGAAGAUCUAUAAGUGAAACCCCCGGGGGAGAAUAUUCGUCAAGUAUUAGCAGAGUUUUUAACAAAAUAAAUGAAAAGUUAAAAGGAAAGAUCGAGAAGAGAGAGAAAGUAAUGGUACAAAUGUUGAGAAUGGACAAAUGGGAAAAUAACCCAUGCGAAAGUAACCCACGUGGAAAUAAAGUUGAUACCAUUUGUAAGCAAUUCGAAAGUGUGAUAAACAAAAUGGAAAUGAGCAAAAUGCUUGGACGAGACCUAUCAUACUGUAUGAACAUUCUUUCAAAAAUUGAUUAUUUCAAGGGACAUUCAUUUUGGACAAAGGCAUGCAAUAAAUUAGUAAAAGGAAACAUGAUUCAUAAGAUAAAUAUGCAAAGUUACUUCAUAAUUGCAAAUUCGCUGAGUAAGGUCGAUACAAUAUUUUUCUCUCAUAGGAGAAGGAAACAGGAAGAAGUUGAACAAAAAGAAAUGGCACUGGAAGAGGAGCUGGAACAGCUAGCUGCAUCUGUAGAGGGAAAAAAUUGGGCAGAACGAACCUCACCAGUGGAAAUACGUACAUUCGAAUUUUUACCGAUAUCUGGAGAAAAAGUAGCCGAUUUGAAUCUCGUGAAUAAAUUUGAAGCGAUAUCCUUUGGUGGUAUUGUCAAGAUAGAAAGGGGAAAAUGUCAAAAGAAAAAGCACAAAAUAUACGACGAAAUUGCAUUUAGAUUUCUUAUCGAUUUGCAGAAGAUGGAUCUUGAUUGCAUAAGUUGUGUUUUGAAUUUAUUUGCUAAAUUGAACAUGAAUAGUUACAACUUCUUGGGUUACUAUUUUGCAGAUUACAUUCUUCUCUCAAAGUUUAGAGUGACUAGUGCAAAGGAGUGGCCAAUUAAUCAAUCCAAAGAGUGCACGAUGAAUCAUUCGAUGGAUUACUUCUCCAAUGAUGUGACAGAUUCAAUGUCAAAAAUAAACAACUCCACGCAGAAAGAGAAUUUAAAAAGUGUCCAAUAUGAGGAAAGAACAAACUUCUUGGAAUUGAACAGAUAUAACAUCUCCAAGCUGGUUAUAAUCCUACACUCAUUAGCGAAAUUGGGGGUGAUACACAUUGAGUUUUUUACUCUGUGUUGUGAUUCUUUAGAAAAACAUUUGAAUUAUCUGAAUAAUUUAGAUAUUUGUAACAUCUUGUAUGCAUUUUCUAAAAUUAUGCAUUUGUGUAAGGGAAGGAAGAAGUAUACUAGUAUGAACAUGUUAAGAAGAAUCCAAAAUGAAAACUUCCAAUCCUAUGUGAAUACCGUUUUAAAGUAUACCCUCUUGUAUGAAAGUCAUUACAGAAACAGAAACGAGUUGCAAUGUGUAUACGGUCCCUUUUUAUGUAAAAACCACGUUUUAACUAAAAAUGUAGAAGAGAAAAUGAAAAAGUUAUGUGAGAAUAUGGAAAGAGAUAUGAAUAAAUUAAUUUUGAAGAUUACAAAAUUUGCGAAAAAGGAACAUGUUCUUGAUAAGUUCAGUGCGUUACAAAUUUCUUCUCUAGCCCUUUCGAUAGGAAAGUUGAAGUUAAGUUCGUAUGACAUUUUUUAUGCAUUCAAUCGAAAGGUACAUUAUUUAUGGAAAUAUUUUUCUCUACACAGCAUAGCAGAUUUCCUUUUCGGGAUAAAUGAAAAGAAUAUUUUCGAUGAACGGGUAACCCUAUUAUUGUGUUACCAAUUGAUGAAGGUAAUUUAUGUCAUGUAUAAAAAUUUUUUUUACCAAAAAAAAAGUUUUAUUUUAAGAAAUCACCUGAACAUGGUCAGGCAAAAUAGAGAAUAUAUUUACAUUUUUGAAAAAUCCUCAAAAAAGGUGCAAUUUUUAAGUGAGAAGGAUUGUUCAUUGAUGGUUCGAAUAUUUCAAUCAUUGGCAAAAUCACAGAUAUUCGUUAGGACAGAUCCAUCUAUUUUGAGUAUCCAAUUGUGUGAAAAUUUUCCGUAUGAUAUUUGUUCUAUGGGUUUGGUAAAAGCAUCAAAGAGUGCUGAAGAUGAAAGUUGCGAUACUACGGGAUGCACUUAUGAGACAGACCAAUUUAUUAGUGAACCCAGUAUGAAUUCUAAAACGGGUACCCCUUUCUAUUCAGCAGAUGUGGGAAAAGUAGACCAUUUGCAUGAGAAAAAAAACUCAUGGAGAGAACUGAAUUCAUAUCCAAAUGGGAGGAAUCCAUCUUUUAGCACCUUUGAAAAAUAUGCAAAUUUAAUUAAGGUGCACACAUUGCGAACCUUCUGUUUGACCUUUCAUCAGCAUUUCGAUUUACUGUGCUUCGAAAGCAAGUGCAUGAUAUGCUACUUUUCUUUACACAUACCCGAUUUGAUGUCCCCCAUGAUGAGAAGUUACAAAAAAUUGGGCUAUCUCUACAACAUGUUCGAUUCAGAAAUGGAUGAGAAAAGGAUAUUUCCCAAUGAUGAAACAUUUCGCCUGACUUGUACAGGUAAAAUGAACAGGACAAAUUAUCUCAGGGCAAAAGUAGGAUCCAAUAUAUACAAAACGUUUUCCACAAGGUUGCUCUUUCACAUUUUAGAAGUUAUGAACCCAGAGUCUCUCAGUGAAGUUACAAUUCGUCAGAUAUUCAUUUCCAUUUUGUGCAUCCAUCUUAACAUAAUGGAGUGGUGCCCCCGGCGAGUUGAAGAAGCAAUAUCUGGUGAAAUCAGUUCCGGAGAAAUGAGUUGGAAAAACUUUAGUACUGCUCCGAAUUUGGCCUGUGAAGGUCCCCACAGUGGUAGCCCAACGAGGGGAGACAUAUCCAUUUCUACCAAUUUUCAGGCAGAGGGGAAUAAAUUUUUGAAGGAAAAUGCAUGUAUUUCACACAAACUGAUUUCUCCAUCGUCUGCAGGAACACACAUCGAGGUGCAUAGCAGCUUGAGGAAUUUAAUCGAAAUCCUGAAUGGGUCGCGGGAAAAUUUUAUAACGCAAAGUAAUGAAGUGAUUGUUGGCCCUUUCGUACUGGAUUGCAUACUUGAAUGUAGAGGAUAA